AUGGCCAUAUUAAUGAGUCCUUCUGUUUCUUGUGAUUCACAAAUGUUAAACUGUACUGAUUUCUGUGUGGUGUGUGGAGAUAAAGCAAUUGGAAAACAUUAUGGAGCUGUUGCUUGUAAUGGCUGUAAAGGAUUUUUCCGAAGAAGCGUUUGGCAGAACCUACAAUACACAUGCAGAUUUAACAAGCAAUGUAACAUUGACAAAGAUCAUAGAAAUGCAUGCAGAUAUUGCCGGUUUCAAAAAUGUUUGGCCGAUGGAAUGAAACCUGAGGCUAUACAAAAUGAGAGAGAUCGCAUAGGAAGCACGAAAAGGCGAAAGCGGAGUAUCGGAGCAGUUGAUAACGUUUCCGAUUAUGAACGAACACCAAGUCCAAAAGCUCCUCAAGAUGUUGGAAAUACAACAGCAUCUAGGCGACUCAUAGAAGUUCUUAUGGAUAUCGAAAACCGUUUAGUUUCCAAUCAGAGCAUGACUGCAUUAUUGCGGGAUGGACAAGAGUUAUCUAGCAGACAAAGAGCAGUUAAUCAUCUCAUUGGAUGGACAAGCAUGCUUCAUCCUCUUCCUGAUAUUCCGCUCGGCGAUAAGGGACUUCUCUUAAAAGAGGCCGGUCCAUCGUUUUCACUUGUUUCAAUUCUUCAACGAAGCUAUUCCUUGUCUCACUUGGUGCUCCCAAAUGAUCAGCUACUUAGCUUAUCGUCAAUUCAACAGCCAGAGCUUCAUAGAGCAGUAUCAAGGAUUCUAGAUGAGCUUCUCACUCCAUUAAGACGAAUCCAUGCCGAUCAAGCUGAAUUCAGUUGCCUCAAGGCCCUUAUCCUGCUUUCACCUGACAAUGUCGGUAUGAGUGCUAGCAGUAAGGAUAAACUAAAAGAAGCCAGAGAUGCUUUGCUCAAAGCUUUAUUCACUUACUUAUCACAAACUUUUGCUCCAUUAGAUGCUUCUCUCAGGAUUUCAUCCCUCUUAAUGAUUAUACCAGCAGUGGUUUCUAUUAGUCUUUCUAUAAUCAAUGAUCCAACUCUCUCUGAAAUUUUUGGAAUGGGUGAGAGAUCUAAGAAAGAUGAUCAGUGCAAGGCAGAUGGAUCACAAAUAGAAAAUGUUGUGUCGGAUAACAUGAAAGCAGCUACAGAUGCCAUAAUGGCUCAACUGAUGGCUAACCAACAACUCUUGCUCAAUAUUAGUUCUGGAUCUCCUCCAUCGAGCUCUCCCAAUAUCUUACAACCGUAUCAACCCUAUCUACCGGCGACAACAAUGUCGUACUUCAACAAUCCGUCUCAGCCUGUGAAAGUCUUCCUGUCAUAA